AGGUUGCUCUUCGUAAGUCGAAGCGUACAGGACUGGAAAGCACUCUUUUGUUGGGUUCGCGACGUUUAUUCGUUCAUUCGAACCAUCUUGCAAAACGAGUUUUUAUUUUGGAAAAAAAACGUGUAACCACAGAAACAAGGAAAGAUGCUCUUCCAAGAGUUUUGAACCGUGGCCGAAAGCGUCGAGGAACAUGAACACGGUGAGGUGUGCGUGAAUCGAGAGACAAAAGUUAGCUGGGUAAAAGUGUUUUUACGGGGCAAAAGUAGCCCGGCGAGCGAGCGGGCUCCGGGACUCGAGCAACAGGAAAGCACAAGCCCGAUGCCGGAAGCUUCGGGAUCGCGGGUGGUCGAUGAGUCGGAUUAUUCGACCUUUGAGAAUAAGACCGGUCUCGCCGAAGACAUGAAGUUUCUGGCGAGCAUGCCAGAACUUUGCGAUGUCACUUUUCUCGUUGGUGACACGAGAGAGCCUGUUUGCGCCGUAAAGGCUGUCCUCGCCGCUAGAAGUAGAGUUUUUUAUAAAAUGUUAUACCAAGCACCAAGUCCUCAACGGAAGAAAGAAGCUCCAACGAGAGAGAACAAGAUACGACUUUUUUUAAAGAGAAGCUCCGAACCUUUGCUGAACUUGCAAAACGCGGCACAGCAGCGAUCAGGGUUUACGCAGCAGCUGGCACCCAUACAAGAGCCGCAAUCGAAUCAACAUCAUACUCUGAUCAUCGAGGAGUUCGAGCCGGAUGUUUUUCGUCAGCUCAUCGAGUACAUUCAUACCGGUUGCGUCACUCUACAACCAAGAACACUGUUGGGUGUCAUGAAUGCCGCCGAUUAUUAUGGACUCGACGAACUUAGAAAAGCCUGUGCUGGAUUCGUUCAAUGUUGCAUAACCGUUGACACAGUUUGUGCGCUCUUAGCCUCGGCUGAACGUUACAUACAAUACAAAUGCACCAAAUCUUUGGUUCAAAAGGUAUUAGAGUUCGUAGAUGAACAUGGGAACGAAGUGUUGAACUUAGGAUCUUUCACGUUGUUGCCUCAACACGUUGUUCGUUUGAUUUUAGCAAGAGAAGAGUUGCGUGCUGACGAGUUUACCAAGUUUCAAGCAGCCUUGAUGUGGAGCAAGAAAUACUAUGACAGUAAUCAAGAUACACCGUUGAAAGAUAUAAUCGGCAACUUCCUUGAAUAUAUUCAAUUUCACAAGAUUCCAACAAAUGCUUUGGUAAAUGAGGUUCAUCCAUUAGGAUUGGUGCCCGAUGGUAUCAUCAUGAACGCUUUAGCAUAUCAGGCAGACCCAACCAGUGUCGAGCCCGGGAAACUCUCCCCCCCCAAAGUGAGGAAACAGGGCCGCAGUAUGUCGGUCCAAUCAUCCUUGGAACCAUACGGUAGCAACACGACUCUGAGCUCGAGCGGCUCUGACACUGGUUUCGAGCGCAAACAGCACUCUGGUAGCAACUAACCUCAGGCCACGGCCGCACUGACGGCGGCCGUUUCGGAUGAGCCUCGUCGCGAGGACAUAUUCAGCAACGGCGAGAACGAACGGGGUUUCUACGAGCAUCCAAGAAACGGUGAUAUUGCUCCGACCGAUGCAGAGAUUGAAGAAUGGGAGAGGAAGGAGUUGCAGCGAGAAGAGGAACAGCAAAGACAGGGGCAGCAACAGGAGCAACAGCGACAGGAAGAGGAACAACGACAGAAAGAAAAAGAGCAGCAGCAACGAGAAGAAGAAGAAAAAGAAGAAGAACAGCUCCGAUUAAAGGAGGAGGAAGCAAAGCUUCGAGAAGAAAAGAGACAACACCAACUCGAGGAACAGGAAAGACAAAUGCAACAGCAACAGCAGCAACAGCAACAACAGAAGCAAGAGCAAGAACAACAACAACAGCAUCAGCAUCAGCAGCAGCAGCAACAACAACAACAACAACAACAACAACAAAAUGUCCAUCCGAUAGAUGGAUUAGGUGGUCUCUAUAUACGAUUGGUUCUCAGACGAGAAGGCCGGGCAGACUUGGUUUGGCUAUAUAAAACGCACAAGUUCUAAACUGAAGUCUUAGAUCGCUCUCUCAUAGUUAACAUUUAUUCUCAGCCGUUGGUUAUAGUUUAGAGGCAUUGUAGAUCGAGUUGGAUAGAGUUAAACGAAACGGUUAUGGUAUUGCGUUAUCGGUUUAUUUUGAAGAUUAUCGUUUCGUAUACUUUUGUUGUACCAUUCGAUUUGCAUUUUUUUUUUUUAUAGAAUUAAGAAAUUUUAUAAAUAUAUAUAUAUACAUUUAUAUGUAUAUAUAAAUAUAUAUAUAUAUAUAUAUAUAUAUAUAUACAUAUUUAUAAUAUAUAUACUAUAUAUAGUACACAAAUACAAACACACAUUACACGCACACACACGCGUGAAAAUUAUUAAUAGAUAUAGAUAUUUAUCAUACGUUGCCGUUUGAAUUUGUUGAGAUUUUAAUUAGGCGGUUUUUCGAAAAAAAAAAAGAAACAAAUACCGUUGGUUAUCCAUAUAUAUUCGUAAUUGUGCAUUCAAGUAAGAAAGCUUAAAACAAUCGGAACGCUUCCUUCGACUACGAAUUUGUGAUAUUCGAUUGCUUUUGUGGAACACGAUAAGCACAAUUACGCGCCUUACUAAAGGAAACUACAAAAAUUCAUUUGAGCAAUGUUAAUAUCGAUUGUUAACGGCGAGCGAUAUUUACAUAGAUAGAUACCGUAUAUAUAUGCGUUGUCAAAUAUGUCAAGACGACUAAUUUUGUAGUUUUUCAUUGAUUAUAUUAGCUAAUUGACGUUGAAAUCAUCGGAACAUUUAUUGUCGUUGUUUUUAUUUUUUAUUUAUUUAUUUAUUUAUUUAUUUUUUUGUAUCUAGAACAACAUUAGUCCGUUAAACAUUAGUCGGUUAAAAGCAGUAAUCUGAUUUCGAAUCUUCUAAAUCGAAAUAUAAUCCAUCAUCUUUCUUCCUUAAUAAAUUAAUUAAUCAAUCAAUUAAUUUUUUUCUCGACAGAUAUAUAUAUAUAUAUUUAUAAAGAUUUAAUAUGCGACUAUGUUUUAGUUACAUUUUCGAUAAAAACAAACACAAAUUAUAUUGUUAUAUAUUAAUCAUCGGUAUCAUACAUAUAUCCUGUUAUUCUUGAAUUUGAAAAUGAUCAUUCGCGUUUCUCAUUCUACGCAAGAUGAUCUUGCAUAGUUAUUAGACGGAUCACUCGCGGUGUUAUUGUUGAAUAUUGUACUUUAUCUACGACAUAUCCAUCGAUUAUGAUAAUGAUGUCAGAGAACUACAAAGACUUAUUACUAAAUAAUAUAUAUAGAUAUAUAUAUAUAUAUAUAUAUAGAUAUAUGUAUAUAUACAUACAUAUAUUAUACAUACAUACAUAUAUACAUAUAUAUACAUAUAUAUAUAUACAUAUACAUAUACAUAUAUAUUUGAUACAACAUUGAAAUUGCAGAAUAUAUUAUUAACAAUUUAAUGCAAGACUAGUUAAACCAACCGCCGAUGAUUUCACACAAACACACAAUAUAAUGAUCCAACAUAUAAUUUUAUUAUUUCCUUUUAUUAUUGUUAAAUUUCUUUUAUUGAUAUUAAUUUAUCAUUAGCAUAGUUUACACCUACAGAUCAAUAAGAACACUUAUUCUAAAAUGAAACGAAAUCGCUUUACUAAAUAAUUUUCAAGUGGAAGUCAAAAAAUCUAUUAAACAUCAUUUGGAAAAAUGCUACGUCUAAACUGCCACUCUCGAUAAAAAAAAAAAAAAAAAAAAAAAAGAAAACCAAAAAAAAAGUAAUAAAAAAAAAAGAAAAUUAAAAAAAAUUAAAAAACGACAAAAGAAAAAAGAAAGAUAUUAAAUCUAAAUCAACGAUAGUAAAUCAUUUAGAAAAACGAUUAUUAUUUUCCCAUUUAGUCAUGCGAUUUUCGUCUUCCACUCGUCGUACUUCCAAAAAGUAUGCAAUAUUUCUCUAAGAGAGAUGAUACAUGUAUCGUUUAACUGGCGUUAAAUCGAUUUGAUUAUUUUAACGUUUGAUUUAGAAUGUUUAUCGAAGUUGCACGAUAAGAAAGAAAUUAAUAUGUCGUUGAUCGAUGUUAAAAUUUUAGAAGGAUGAAAAACUUGGCGAGAAAAUUUGAUAAAUCUCAUAUAGAAGUUCGCGCGAAUCUAUUUCCAUUUAAUGAAGGAAUGCUCGCGUCCCGAGUUGGUUGCUACCGAUUCUGAUCUAUCGAUUAUUAUCGAGAAAGAAAAGUAAUAGAAAAAUAAUCUCACGUGCUACUACCAUCUGUGUAAUAGAA